AUUUUUUCACAUGGUGAAUCGUGUCUUGUUUGUUGUGCAGUUUAUUUUUCUGAACUGACAGAACCUUGCAAGGUUGUCUCAUUGUGCCUCUAAUAGUCGCACUGGAAGUAUAGUAGGCAGUGGCUGAUGGUCUCUCUUUAGUAUCGCGCGAGGAUAUUAUUUCCCCUGAAGAUCGGGUUGUGGAAGUGACAGAAACAUGGCUGAUAAAGAAAAAGAUGAUACUGCAGCUGAAGCUCCCAAGUCCAAGAAAAUGAAGUACAGAAGGGAUAAACCUUGGGAUCAUGAUGGAAUUGAUCAUUGGAAAAUCGAUCCGUUCAAACCAGAAGAUAUGACAGCGCCACUAACCGAGGAGAGCUCCUUUGCCACUCUUUUCCCCAAGUACAGAGAAACCUACCUGAAGCAGAUAUGGAGCACAGCGCAGAAAAAGCUAAAAGAAUUUGCCAUUACUGGAACAUUGGACCUUGUAGAAGGCAGCAUGACAGUUGCUACAACACGUAAAACAUGGGACCCGUGGUCCAUCAUGAAUGCCCGUGACAUGAUCAAGCUUCUGGCCAGAAGCGUACCUAUUGAACAGGCUGUUCGGAUAUUCGAGGACGAUGUUGCCUGUGAUGUAAUUAAGAUCGGUGGAAUGGUACGGAACAGGGAGCGGUUUGUAAAAAGAAGACAGCGACUCCUUGGGCCAGCAGGGGCAACCUUGAAGGCACUGGAACUACUCACAGAGUCCUAUAUCAUGGUACAGGGAAACACAGUGGCAUGCGUCGGACCUUUCACUGGUCUCAAGCAGGCACGGCGUGUUAUUCUGGAUACAAUGAAGAACAUCCACCCAGCGUACAACAUCAAGAUAUUGAUGAUCAAACGUGAACUUAUGAAAGAUGAAUCAUUGAAGCAUGAGUCCUGGGAUCGCUAUCUACCCAAGUUCAAGAAGACCACUACAAAGCGCAAGAAGACUGGUCCUAUCAAGAAGAAAGAGUACACUCCAUUCCCACCGCCACAGCAGGAGAGCCAGGUUGAUAAGGACCUUGCUGCUGGUGAGUACUUCAUGAAGGCUAAGGAGAAGGAGAUCCGCAAGAGGGAGCAACAGAAGGCCAAGCAACAACUAGCAUCCGAGGCGCAGAAGGAAAGAAGAGCAAAGAGCUUUGUUCCGCCGGAAGAGCCAUCAGAGCGGAAAAAGCGCAAGUCAACAGAACCAGCAUUUGAAGGACCCACAGCGAAGAAACUUAAGAAGGUGAUUGACUCAUACUAGCAGCAUUUUAGCUGAUGUUUGCUGAUGUCUGCUGAUGUUUGCUGAUGUCACGCUACUGCUACUGCUACUGCUAUACUAGUGCUGCUCUUGCUGUUCCGUGCUAUUGUUUUUUAAGUUGUACAUACUCCAGUCUAGGUAACCCUUGCCCACCGUGUACAUACGCUAUACUGAUUUUUUCUCCUGUGUUUGGUAGAGUUUGAGUUGAACUUUCCCUAAAGUUCUAUUUAUUUUUUAACAUGACGUACGUUUCUACAACGAUUGUCAUGGAGAUGGCAACAUGAGACCAUGCCUAAUGAAACCCGAACAGUGCUACUGGCACAUGUCCUUCCCUA